GGCAGCAGACAUUUCCAUGUUCUAGAACUACCAGCCAGGCCAGCCCCUCGCCAGAAUGAAGCUUUCUGGAUUUGUGAGCAUUCUUGUGCUAUUUGGCCUGCUUGCAAGAGUCCAGGGACCUAGUCUAGCUGACUUGCUGUUUCCCAGGAGAUGCCCCAGAUUCAGAGAGGAGUGUGAACACCAAGAGAGGGACCUUUGUACCAGGGACAGGGACUGCCCGAAGAAAGAGAAGUGCUGUGUCUUCAACUGUGGAAAGAAAUGCUUAAACCCCCAACAAGAUAUCUGCAGCCUGCCGAAAGACUCCGGCUACUGUAUGGCUUACUUUCGUCGUUGGUGGUUUAAUAAAGAAAAUAGCACGUGCCAAGUCUUCAUCUAUGGUGGCUGCCAAGGAAACAAUAACAACUUCCAAUCCCAAAGUAUAUGCCAGAACGCCUGCGAAAAAAAAAGCAGUCUCACCUGAACAGAGGAUACGCUGGGAAAAUCAUCAGAAUUUGGCUUCUGCUCCAAGCUCUGUGUGCCUGCUGUGUGCUCCAGACUGGCUUCUGGAGAGCACUUUGAGCACUGCAAGACCUUGAGUCUUCCCAGUUGUGGGGUCCUAGGAUACCUCCCCUCCCACCAUGCCAGUUGCUAUCCAUAACACCUCCUCUUGGGGUCCCCAUCACUAGCCUCAGCUGCUCAGCACCACCGUCAAAAGCUCCCAGUUUACUUCCAUGUAGCUCUCAACUUCGUUCAGUAAAGUCUUUGGCUUCACCCUG